AUUGUUGAUUGAAUCUGGUGAUCACAUUAACGGUGGAGAAGUAUACGCUGAAAUAGAAGUGAUGAAAAUGUACAUGCCUUUAAUUGCUACGGAAGAUGGUAUUGUACAUUUUAUUAAACAAGCAAACUCCACGCUUGAGGCCGGUGACAUUAUAGGAAUUCUUACCCUUGACGAUCCAAGUCGAGUUCGUCAUGCUAUACCUUUUGAAGGCCAAUUUCCGACUAUGAAUCCUCCAGUUAUUAUUGGUGAUAAAGCUCAUCAGAGAUAUUACGAGGUCAGAAACAUUUUAGAAUGCAUAUUGGAUGGAUAUGAUAAUCAAGCUGUAUUACAUAGUAGUGUCAAAGAAUUGAUUGAACUUUUGAGAAAUCAAGAGUUACCUUAUUUAGAAUUUCAUUCCAAAGUGAAAAAAAAAGUAUUAGAAUUUCCUGCUGAAAAUCUUAAAGAUUUGAUUGAAAAUUAUUCUCGAGAUCAUGUCAAUUCUAAUGACAUUGCCAAUUUUGAGGCAUUAAUAGAACCAUUAAUUGAAAUUAUUAACAAAUACAUAUCUGGAUUAAAAUUCCGUAAAUGGUCAGAUAUCAUAUACUUUUUAAAUAAAUAUCACGAAAUUGAGGUACUAUUUUCAGAUCAAGCAAAACGUGAAGAAGAGGUAAUUCAUUCUUUACGUGAAAAAUAUAAAGAUGAUUUGGAUAAAGUAAUUUCAAUAGUCUUAUCACAUUCUAAAGUUGCUGCCAAGAAUAAUCUCAUUUUAUAUUUACUGGAUCAAAUAAAGCCCGCAAAU